AUGGCGUAUCGAGAUAGCACCAGUACCAGCACCACUAUAACACUUCAGCCACACACCCCAAGAUACACCUGGGUAUGCUGGAACCAACGACCAAAUGACCCCCUUUCCAUCCUCGAUCGCAACUCAGCCGAACCUGAACUAACCACCAAACAAACGCCCAAGUCGCCUUCAUCAAUAUCGUCCACAACUUCAACGAGCCGGCGUCCCAUAUCUGCAUCGAUCUUUACCAAGUUGAUCAAACUUGUUCUGGCAGCCAUGAUAUUCAUCGGCACGACAUAUGGAGAGGGGAUGAUACGAGCAUUAGCACUCGUCGCGUUGUUUGUGGUCUACGUGAGGGAGAUCGGCUAG